AAAAUGACACACUACAUGAAAACGCCAACAGCUGGAGGGAAUGUGUUUCUCCCCGAGAUGUCUUCAUCGAUGCUUGUAAGUGGCAUACAGAUGAGCGACCCUGUUACAUCCAAUGGCUUCAUCAGAAGAAUGUCCACAACGUCAUCCACACCAUCUAACUCUUAUUCAAGCUCAACUGAACCAGAAGCUGAACCUGUUCUGAAGUAUGUCAGGAUAUCGAAUGAUAUGGCCACGAUUAUCGCAAAAAGUAAAGUCACAGCUGUGGACAUCGACGACAGAUUUUUGAUGAUUGGUACCCAGAAUGGCCAUGUACAUGUUUUUGAUCACAAUGGCUACGAAGUAACCGUUGAUAGAAAGUUCCCCGUCCAUCCGAUUGCAGUUACAUCGCUUUGCAUUGAUAGAACCGGUGAGUUUUUUGCGUCCUGUUCAAACGAUGGACGAAUAAAUGUUUUUGGUUUCUUCAAAUCUGAUUUUGACGUUCAAGAAUGCUUGCCAUUUAAAGUUGAAUGCAUUUGUUUGGAUCCUAACUUCUCAGUUUCACGAUGCUUCGCAACUGGAGGUGACCGUCCUCUAUUUUGGGAAAAGGGUUUGUUUGGAAAAUACAAGCGGACGGCUCUUACUAGAAUAUCAGGAUCUGUCUCAACAAUAGCUUGGCAUAAUAAUUACAUUGCUUAUGCGCUUCCGAACCGGGUUCUUAUUUUCGAUACGCAACAACGUGUAAACUUUGAAGGUAUCGAUAAAGUUGAUGACAAUUUAAGGAAUGAUCUGUACCCCUGUCAUUUGGCCUGGAAAACGGACGAUUCGGUUCUUAUUAUAGGCUGGGGUAAAACUUUUAGUGUAUAUAGAAUUUUUGAAACCAGUUUCGCUGAUGCGAGAGGAAUUUCGGAAAAACGCGUUGAACAACAUCAACAAAUUCGUAUGCCUGAUUUCAUCUGUGGCGUUGCGCCGUAUAAUGAAAAGAUCCACAAGUACUUUGUCAUCAUGUGCUAUCCAGAUGCCUCUGAAUUUGAUCGGGACAUGGAAGAUGACGAAGACAAUGACGACGAAUCGGUUGAAGAAGACAUCCCUAGUUUUCUGCUUAUUGAACCGACUAAGUUCGACGACUAUGAAGUUGUGAAUGAAAAGCUGAUGAAGUUAGCCAACUUCAAAGAGUGCUUUGCUGCAGACUACAAAGUGUCAUCUGUGUAUAAUGAAAAUAAUUAUGUAGUCUAUAAUGGACACGAUUUGAUCUUAGCGAUUCCGACAACUUUGAAUGAUAAGCUAAACUGGCUGUUUGAAAAUGAACAGAUAGAUCAAGCUAUGGCUGAGGCACACAGGAGAAGGGCAGAGUUGAAAGAGGAUAAAUUCCGAGAGUUUGGUUUCCGCUACCUGGAACGCCUUUUCCAGCAAGAAGAGUUCGAAAAGGCGGCCAAAAAUUGUAAAGAUAUUUUGGGUAAAAAUUCAGCUGAUUGGGAAAAGUUUAUUCACGGGUUUAUCAAAAAAGACCAACUUAAAAUCUUGAGUUUGCAUGUUCCGACAAGCGAACCGCAAUUGAGGUGCGAAUAUUACGAGCUGAUUUUGCUGAUAUUUCUGAAGAAAGAACCAGAACAGUUUCUGCAUUUAGUUAACAAGUGGCCUGCUCACAUUUAUAACCAAUCGAUUGUGAGCGACGAGGUUGAUAGUACGAUGAAACGCAUGAGAAGCGACGAUAAAGACAACAGUUCAGGUGUUGAGAAUCUAAAAAACGCUGCAUCGCCUGAGAGUCAGAAAUACACGACCCUUCUGCAAGCUCUGGCCAUUUUGUACCAGCAUCAGGGAGAGUACGGGAAGGCCCUGAAGAUAUACUUGCACGGUGGUGCUAUUCCAGGAUCUCCUUCAUUGGGCGCGACUAUCAAUUCUUCCUCAGGUGCUAACAACUAUGUGUUUGACAUAAUCGAAAAACGAGAUCUCUACAAAGACAUGACGGCCGAGCUAGAAGCUCUGAUGGCUUUCGACAAGGAGAAAAGUCUGGAGAUGUUUGUGAACAACACUGACAAGAUGGAGGUGAAGAAGUGUGUGGAAUCUCUGCGCUCAAGUGAGAGUGAAAAUGCGAGAAGGUAUCUGUAUGACUAUUUGGAUAGACUGUUUUGGAAGGAUGCUAAUCAGUGCAAAGGGUACGAAGAUGAACUAGUGGAACUGUAUGCAGAGUACGAGCCGAAGAAGUUGUUGGCUUUCUUCAAAGAAGAUCCUGAAAUUGACUUUCCAAGGGCUUUUGAAGUGUGUAAGCGGAAACAGUUGACCAAGGAGAUGAUCCAUAUCAUGAAGCGGACUGGCAAUCACUCUCAGGCGCUGCAGACCAUCAAUGAUAGCAAAGUGCUCACGGUGGAAGAUGCUAUCGCAUACUGCAAAGACGUGGAUGAACAAUUCCUCUGGGACCAACUCAUAGAGUCAUCGAAGAACAACCCAGAGUACAUAUCAGGCCUGCUGAACAACAUCGGCACCCACGUGGACCCCAUCAAGAUCAUCCAGAAGAUCGAGUUAGGGAAGGAGAUCCCGAAGCUGAGGGACUCGCUGGUGAAGAUCCUGCAGGACUACAAUCUGCAGAGGAACCUGACAGAGGGAUGCAGUAACAUACUAGUGAAAGACUGCUUCGACCUGAUGAAUCGAAUGAUCAGUUCUCAGAAGAAGGGCCAACGGAUAUCAUUCACCAAGUACUGCCUUAUAUGCCACAGAACUCUCCUCACUGAAUCCCAGUCGUCAGCCUUCACGCCAUCAUCAGGCACCACUUCGGGAUCCUCAGGAGGUGGCAUCACUACAUUCAACUGUUCGCAUUGCUUCCACUCGGAUUGUCUAGCAGUUCAGCAGCACACUGCAACACACAGGGCUAGUUUGAGCCCACAGCAGCAGAACUACUCCAGCAGUCCCAUGACUAGAAGGAAGUCAGCCAUAUCAGACAUGAAUCAUUACUCUUUAGUAGAGAAUUUCUUCUGUCCCCAAUGCGAUCCGUCGAGAUAACUAAUUAUAAACAUCGAUUAGCUCAGCUCUUUCUUCUAACUUCCGCAAUUUCAUAAAAAAUAAGUUCACGUUUUUGACAGGCAAAACUAAUAUAUUCUUCGUAUAUGCCCGUAAAAAUAUAGAUUACAAGGUCAAAAUGAGGUUUUGAGAUGUGGAGAGGAAAGAGUCAAUAAAUUAGUUGAUAAUUAUCAAUUUCGAUGAAAAUAAAAUUUAAGCGAAUUGUUGAUUGCUUGUUUUGAGCGUUCUAUAACUGUUUGUUAGUUUCAUCUUAAAGCCUUAUCACAAACAAAUUCUUAGUUCAAUUUGUUACAAUUGCAUUAUAAUCAUUAUCUAUGAAAUUAUUAAUGUGUAAUAUUUUUAGAUACGCAUUAUAGAAGUUGUCUUUAUA